UAUUUGAAGGAGGGAGCUAAUUCGAAUCAUAACGUUAGUUGCAAUUGAUACAUACUGCAUUAUGUUUGUUUGACUUGUUUGAGGUCGAGACAGAUUGUUAUUAUUUGUAUUUAGUUGUUUAGUCCAAGUGAGAUAGAAUAUCAAGCCCGCAAUCCUUCACAUGCCCAUAAUUGAACGAGACGCUUAGGGCAAUCGCAAAAAAAAUAAAAUAAAAUAAGGAAGCUACAGCAAUAUGUUAAAUCAAGGAAGGCUUGUCAGAAGCCCAGAAAAGUGGUACGACCCCAAGAUGGAACAAAAAACUAAAGAAGGAUUGGGCUACUUCUUUCUAGCGGUGGCUGUUGCAGGAAUACUAAUUAUUCUUCUUAUGAUAUAUUUCUGCAUUAAGGAUAAAAUGGAGUAUAAAAGACGAGAGAGGGAAAGACGAGUUAGGUUCAAUUUAAAUAAUAACAAGACAUAUCUGAUAGAGAGAAAAGAAAAAAACAGCCCGCCAGCGAAGAAAAGACGCAAACGCUGGAGACGAUGGAACAGAGUGUCUCCGCUUUCUCGCAUAAGAGACAACUGGGUCAGAGCCGGCCUCACCGGUCUCAACGCACUUGAGAUCAUUCAAGAGAGGCCAAGAAUGGAAGAAGAGGAGGGAAGAGGGGCUUGGGCAGGAGUGGACGGGGAGAGAGAAGAGGAAAGGAUUGAGACGGGAGUAGACGGGGAAAGAGGAGAGGAAAGGAUUGAGACGGGAGUGGACGGGGAAAGAGGAAAGGAAAGGAUUGAGACGGAGUGGAUGGGGUAAGAGAAUGAAAAAGGGCUCGAGG